AUGAGAGGGGUUUGGAACGCUAUGCAGUUUCUAAUAACAAUGACAGUGUACUUGUUGUACGUUGUUGUGGGGCUUAUAAUUGUAUCCGUAGCCAAACUUGUGUGCUACGGGGAAAAAUCCCAAAGGGCUCUUAGGAGAUCUGCAAAGAUUGGAUGGCUUCAUCUCACGCGUGCUAUGUUUUCUAGAUAUUUUCCUCAUAGAGUGUUUAUUAGGUACAACCCAACAAUCCUUAAAAGGAACAGAAAUGUUAUUAUUUCGAAUCACCUGACGGAAUAUGACUGGCUAUUUGUCUGCUGUGUCCUCCAUUGCUUCGAGAGAUUCGAAGACAUUUGUAUUAUUCUCAAGAUGUCCUUAAGGAGCAUUCCAUUGCUAGGCUAUGGUAUGAAGUUUUUCCAGUUUAUUUUCCUAAAUAGAAAGAUAAGUAAGGACAGGGAGCUGAUCAUGUCUGGAGCGUCCAGGCUCAAGAGGGAGGGGAAGUACGAUCUCCUUCUUUUCCCGGAGGGAACAUACAUAGACAAGUACUCGCAUCCUAAGUCUCACAAGUGGUCAGUUGAUGCAAGCAUAGAGGUUGAAGGGAGGAUCUUUGACCCUGAGGAGGUGCUCAUUCCAAGAACUACUGGGUUCAAGAUACUUAGAGAAAACAUACGGGAUGACAUGGAAGGAAUCAUAGACAUCACAAUGAUAGGAAAUCCUCAUAUAAAGUAUCCCAACGAUGUUUUCUCCUACUGGGAUGUGAUAGUGAACAAGUCGCAGAAGGUCAAUUUUAUGUUCUUCCUGGACUAUAUUCCCAACAGCGACAGCAUGGAUGGCAACGAUUUUCUUCUGAAGCUGUUUGAGAAGAAGGAGAAAAUGAUAUCUGAGUUCAAGAGGGAGAAUGGGGACAGGUGCAUAAGGAGCAUGGAGGAGUUUAAGGGUGUUGCCGAUUCGCUUGUGUGCCCUCAAUCAAGCCAUAGAGAUGUAGAGAUUGAUCUGUCUUCGCACUGGGGCCCUUUCUUCUAUGUUAUGUUUAUUGCUAGCUCAGGGUUGGUACUGGGAGCUAUUUCAAGGCUUUGUUGGAAAUAA